AUGACAACCAUCCCCAGACCCAGCAGCGAUAUCGUUACCAACAUUCUCGAAGGCCGCGUAGCCAUCGUAACCGGCGCAGCUCGCGGUAUUGGCUUUGCAACUGCAUCUCUUCUCGCACAACAUGGUGCCCGCGUGGUCCUGGUGGACUUGCACGAGGAUGCCCUGAAGACGGCGUGUACAACGAUUGGUCACGGAGUGACGUAUCAGACCUGUGACGUGAGUGAUUGGAAUCAGCAGAUCGCGUUGUUCGAGUACGUCACCAAUACCCUUGGUCCUAUCUAUCUGUUGGUUUGCAAUGCUGCGGUUAAUCCCGAGAUUACGCUUCUGCAAACGUCCGAUGCGGAGAGACACGCCCGGAUGGCUUCACAGGUUCGCUAUAGCUACCUCGCCGAUGAAGUCGAUGGCCAGAAUGAGAGUGGUGGUCAACUCCAGCGACCUUCGACAAGUCUAUUUGACGUGAAUGUCAACUCCGUGGUCUUCGGUCUGAAACUGGGCAUUCACUACAUGAAAAAGACCGGUGGAGGACGUAUCGUCGUCGUCGGAUCUGCGGGCUCAUACGUGCCUGUCUCCUCGCAGCCACUAUAUACAGCCAGCAAGCACGCGGUGCUCGGGCUUGCCCGUAGUACAGCGCAGAUCAAUGAGGUUAUCGAGGCAGGCGUGUCUAUCUCAUGGAUUGCUCCGUGGUUGACGUUGACUCCGAUGGUCGAAGGUCUCCAGGCGACGACCCACCCGGAUACACUGAAAAGCUCGCCUGAGGAUGCGGCGUGGGCAAUUAUUGUUGCUGCGACUGCGGAAGAGGCCAAUGGCAAGGGGUAUUGGAUCCAGGGACAGAUGAUUAGUGAAGUGGAGGGUGCGUAUGGGGAGUUGGCGGGGAGAUUGAUUGUGCCGGAGAAUCGGUUUUAG